AUGUUGCCGGUCCCACAGCUUCUACAACGACUCCAAGUCUUAAAAACGCUACAGCUUCUGCAGGUCCUACAAAGACUACAGCCUCUACAGGUCCUGCAAAAACUACAGUCUCUGCAGGUCCUACAAACACUACAGCCUCUACAGGUCCUACAAACUCUUCAGCCUCUACAGCCUCUACAGGUUCUACAAGCACUACAUCAAACACUACAACCUUUACAGGUCCCACAAACACUACAGCCUCUACGAGUCCUACAGACACUACAUCCUCUACGGGUCCUUCAAACACUACAGCCUCUACGAGUCCUACAGACACUACAUUCCCUACGGGUCAUUCAAACACUACAGCCUCUGCAGGAUUUCCCUGUAGUCGUGGAUACAAAUAGGGAAAUAUUUAGGAUAUAA